UUUUGGGAACACUGUUUAGGUACCAUGCUUCCCGGCGAAGUAUCUUCGUUCACGGUUCCGGUUGAAAGAUUGGGCGCCUUCCCGGCAGUGAAUAAAAAGUUACGGGACUACAUGAUGGACAAAAAGGGCAAUGCUGUAAAACACUGCUGUGGUUUGAUGGGCUUGCAACAACAAGGCGGACUGGGAUACCCCGAUUUGGAUGAAUUGAUGAUGAAGCCGGAACCACUGGAGUUUAUUUUUGAACUUGUCCGGUGA